CUUGAUUUCUCGAAUUGAUUGUAUUGCCAAGCCAGUCCAUUUCGCACUUUGCCGGGUAGAUCUGCAAAACUCCCUCGGCAGCAUAGCCGCGCUUCGGCGCGGUCUAGGGUUCGUCCAAAAUGCCGGAUGAUAAGCAUGUCGAUCCAGAUAAGGACGCACCAAUUAAGGCGCUUGACGAGACUGAUAUUGCUUUCCUCAAGAACUAUGGGCUAGGCCCAUACGCUGCGCCAAUUAAAAAAGCAGAACAGGAUGUGAAGGAUAUUAUCAAGCGCAUCAACGACCUGUGCGGUGUGAAGGAGUCUGAUACUGGGCUUGCGCCCCCGUCUCGCUGGGACCUGGUUUCGGACAAGCAGAUGCAGCAGGAGGAGCAGCCGCUGCAGGUGGCCCGCUGUACUAAGAUUAUCAACCCCGGCACCGACGAGGCGAAGUAUGUAAUCAAUGUGAAGCAAAUCGCAAAGUUCGUUGUGGGGCUGGGCGACAAGGUGGCCCCUACGGACAUCGAGGAGGGUAUGCGCGUGGGUGUCGACCGGAACAAAUACCAGAUUCAGAUUCCGCUUCCCCCGAAGAUUGACCCCUCCGUCACUAUGAUGACCGUGGAGGAGAAGCCGGACAUCACGUAUAGCGACAUUGGGGGCUCCAAGGAGCAGAUGGAGAAGAUGCGGGAGGUGGUGGAGCUGCCCAUGCUGCACCCCGAGAAGUUCGUACAGCUGGGUAUCGACCCUCCCAAAGGCGUGCUGAUGUACGGCCCGCCGGGCACGGGCAAGACGCUGCUAGCGCGUGCAGUUGCUAACCGCACAGAUGCCUGCUUCAUUCGCGUCAUUGGCAGCGAGCUCGUCCAAAAGUACGUCGGUGAGGGCGCACGCAUGGUCCGCGAGCUGUUCCAAAUGGCCCGCUCAAAGAAAGCCUGCAUUGUGUUCUUUGACGAGGUGGACGCGAUCGGUGGCGCGCGGUUUGACGACGGCGCUGGCGGCGACAAUGAAGUGCAGCGGACUAUGCUAGAGAUUGUCAACCAGCUGGACGGCUUCGAUGCGCGCGGAAACGUCAAGGUGCUUAUGGCCACCAACCGGCCCGACACGCUGGACCCUGCACUUCUUCGCCCAGGGCGGCUGGACCGCAAGGUUGAGUUCAGCCUGCCGGACCUGGCCAGCCGGACGCAAAUAUUCCAGAUCCAUACACGCACGAUGAACUGCGAGCGCGAUAUCCGUUUCGAGCUGCUGGCACGUUUGUGCCCCAACAGCACCGGAGCGGACAUCCGGAGCGUGUGCACAGAGGCAGGCAUGUACGCGAUCCGCGCACGCCGGAAAACAGUGACGGAAAAGGACUUCCUGGAGGCGGUCAAUAAGGUCAUUAAGGGUUACCAGAAGUUCAGCGCAACGCCGAAGUACAUGAUUUUCAACUGACGAGCAGCGUGUCGGUAAGGAUAAGGUGCUGUAGUGAGAGCAUUGAGUGGGAAAGGGGCGAAAGGGGGUCGUUGAUGGACAGGUUGUAGGUUAGGUACAACCAGACAGUGUCGGGGAACUAGGAUAAGUUUGGAUGCCACCUAAGAACGAUGUAGGGAAGACUGACCGAUGGAUGGUAAAGGGACAUCAUGACACCGUAAAAGGACCUCGAUUGUCGUGUGGCGACGGCGCCAGUAAGUUGCGCUGUGAUGCAUACCCAGGCGAGUGUCGAAAGGGCGUAGAAAGUGUGGUCGAUCGGCUGCAUGAUGCAUAUAUUGCUGUCGGUAGAUGUAUGAUGUCGCUGUAUGUAUGAUGUUGCCGUCCCUUCAGAAAUCGGUUUGCAGCGGCGAGGGCGGGCCCCGGAUGCAACACCUAGACGGGAACCCUUCUCGGUCUUUGUUGCGGUUUAUCGUUUGAUCGUUUGGAAC